AUGACGAACGGCAAGAAACCAGCAUCCCGGAGUAUCACCCCGGAACCGGUGGGCCUUCCUAUGCCCCCGGAGGGAAUGCCGUUGGAAACCUGGUUGCUGACGCAGCCACAAGAAACUAAGCUGCUGUACUUUCAGCGGCUGGGAAAUGUCUUCGCCCAGGACCAGGCGAAGGAAGCGGAGAGGCUACGGAAGGAGGCCGAAGAAGCCCAGAGGAAGGAGGAUGAGAGGUUGGCGAUCCUGCGGGAGAGGAUUGACAGCCUCAUCGCAAACCCUGAGAGCCGGGGGAUGAUCAGGGAGGCUCUCAAAAGGUUCGACGCAGCGAACCCUCGCCGACCCGUCCCCCCCCGCCCCACCCCCCCCACCCCUCAGCCGACCCCUGCCGUCGACACCACCCCUGCUCAGGGCCAGAUAGAGCAGAUAGCGGCUCUCUCCGCUCAAAUGGCAAGCUUCAUCCCGAUGAUGAAAGCUUUGCAGGCUUCGGCAGGAGCAAGUGGGAGUGGUGAGGCGAGUGGAAGUGGUACGGGCAAGGGGAAGAAGAGAUCCCGUGCGCCGGUCGAGGAGGAGGAGGAGGACGAGGUUGAGGUGACCGGGACGGGUUUCACCUCUCCCGCCAAGCGUCGGUCGAUGCGGGGAGUGAAGAGGGGGGACGUGUUCGAACUCCCGGAGACCCAGCCGGCGUGGAUGACGGCUGAUACCUGGCAGCGAGCGGUGGAUGCCGAGGCCCUCCUCAUAAGGGAGGAUUCCAUCCAGUUGAUGGGUGAUGCCAUGUGCAACUGCUGCACUGGCAAGACCAAGCCCGGGAAGCAGACGACCCCUCUCGGGAAGCAGAUGGACGUGCGGUACAACGUCUGCGUGGUGGUCCCCGACCAGCCGGGACAUUGCGUGAGGUGUAUCUGGAGGUGGAGAGAUGGCGAGUGCUGCUUCACUCAGAAGCCUUUCAGCUCGGGAAAUGCGAAGUCGGUCAAGGAGAAGAAGCCGACCAACCUCGACCUGGCCCGAGCCGCCGCCGCCUCCACCGCCCCCGCCGAGCCCCCGGUCUCGCCCGACUCGACCAGCAGCAACACCGCUGCCAACGCUCCCAACCCCUGGGCAGGGUGGGGGUUCCCCCCUGGGCCUUACGGCUACAACCCGUACGGUUUUGGAGCGGGGAACUUUGGGCGUCCUCCCGGUCCCGGUGCUGGUUAG